CUCUCUCUCUUCUUUACUGCAACCCCUUCUCUCUCUCUAUCUUCUGAACAUGAAAAGAACACAAAAACCAAAAUCUGAACCCUCCCUCUUCUUGCACUAACUCGUAGGAAUUCUCUCUCUCUAUCUAUCUCUCUCUCUCUGACCCCUCCAUUAAACAUCGCCCUCAUAUCUCGCAAACCCACUUCCCUCUCCCUCUCUCUCUCUCUCUCUCUCUCUCUCUUUCUCUCUCUAGGGGAGGAGAGGCUCAAGGGAGCUGCUGCUGAUCGAAGUGACCAUCUUUGUCUUGUCUUUGGAGCAGAGGAAGAGAGGAAGAAAGGAGUCGAGAUCUGCAUCUGCAUGUCCUUCUUGGAGCCCCCCUCCACCCCUUCUUGACCCCCACAAUUCAACUUCGGUGAGGGUGGAGGGGAUUAACCUCAGGAGCGAUGCAGCAAGGAGGAGGGUCCCACUCCCACUACGGCGGCCCCCCGCCUCCUCCUCCUCCUCCUCCUCCCCCUGCCGAGCCCCAUCCCCACCACCACAUGGUGGUUGAAGAGGCCUCCCCGAUAAGCAGCCGCCCGCCCGCCCCUCCCGGCCUGGACGAAAUCCCGCCGCUCGCGGGCGGGGACAUGGACGCCCUAGCCACGGCGGCCGCCGCGGCGGACGUGGGCGGGAGCGGCGGCGGAGGAGGAGGGGGAGGGAACCGGUGGCCGCGGCAGGAGACGCUGGCGCUUCUGAAGAUCAGGUCCGAGAUGGACGCAGCGUUCCGGGACGCCUCGCUCAAGGGUCCACUCUGGGAAGAUGUGUCCAGGAAGCUAGGAGAACUCGGAUACAGGAGGAGUGCCAAGAAAUGCAAAGAGAAGUUCGAGAACGUCCACAAGUACUAUAAAAGGACCAAAGAAGGCCGUGCUGGUCGUCAAGACGGCAAGACCUACAAGUUCUUCUCCGAGCUCGAAGCCCUCCACAGCGCCGCCGCCGCCGCCGUCGGGAUGUCGCCAGCUCCAGGUGGUGGUGGUGGUGCUGCUGCUGUGGCUGCAGCCCCGGGCGGUCUCUCGGUAAACCCGGUUUCAGUCGGGAUAUCGUUCGCCAACCCCAUCCCAAUCUCCUCCCUCCGCGUCCAGCCUCCCGUCUUGGUGCCUCCGCCGCCCCAUACCCACCACAUAUUUGCACCCACCACAGCACCCGGUGUAUCUACCGGGCUGGUAGCCCCACCCCCAAUGUUAGCUAGCCCGAUGGGAAUGAUCUUCUCGUCAAACAAUUCGUCCUCGUCUGGCAGAUCUGAGGAGGAGGACGAUGAUGACGAGGAUGAUGAUGAGGAAGGUGAGCCGUCCACCGCGGGCAGUAGCCGCAAGCGGAAGAGGGGGCCGGGAGAGACGAGUGGCAGCGGCGGUGGAAGCCGCCCUAGGAUGAUGGAGCUCUUCGAGGGACUGAUGAAGCAGGUGAUGCAGAAGCAGGAGGAGAUGCAUAAGAGGUUCUUGGAGGCCAUAGAAAAGAGGGAACAGGAUAGGAUGAUAAGAGAGGAGGCGUGGCGGCGGCAGGAGAUGGCCAGGCUGGCCCAGGAGCACGAGAUUGCGGCCCAAGAGCGCGCCGCCUCCGCCUCAAGGGAUGCAGCCAUUGUCUCACUCUUGCAGAAGAUCACAGGCCAGACGAUCCAUCUGCCCACGAUGCCGGCGACUGUGACGACAGGCGUUCCCCCUCCGUCUUCAACUCCGCCGCCUAAACCCCAGGUUCAACCAACCCAUGCCGCUCCUCAUCCACAGCCGCGGAUGCCACCACCUCCAACGUAUCAAGAGCAAAGGCGGCAGCAGCGACAGAACAUCGAGGUCGUCACGCAUCCACUGCCCAUUUCUACAGAAAUAAUCAUGGCCGUCCCAGAGCAGCAAGUUCCACCGCAGCCUCAAGAACUCAUCCUUAGCGGCAGAAGUGUUAGGGAGCCAUUAUCCUCUUCGAGGUGGCCGAAAGUGGAAGUCCUCGAGCUGAUAAAUCUGCGGAGUGGGCUCGAGUCGAGGUAUCAAGAGGCCGGCCCUAAGGGGCCGCUGUGGGAAGAAAUCUCUGCCAGCAUGGCAAGGAUGGGGUACAAGAGGAGCGCCAAGAGGUGCAAGGAGAAGUGGGAGAACAUCAACAAGUACUUCAAGAAGGUGAAGGAGAGCAACAAGAAGCGACCCGAGGACGCCAAGACCUGCCCGUACUUCCACGAGCUCGAUGCCCUUUACAGGAGGAAGGUACUCGGUGGUGGCGGUGGCGGUGAAACAAGCAGUGCAGCUGCCACCUCCGGUUCCGUGGGGUUUAGGGUUGAGCUGUCUCCGAGUUCCGCGAACUUGGAUGCUCGUCCGGUAAUCAGUCAGGAUCAGCCGCCGCCGGCACAGGCGCAGCCGCAGACGAGUGAGCCCGAACACAAAGAUGGAGGCGGCAAUUCAGGAGCACAAGAGAGGAUAGCCGAAGAAGGAAAUGAAGGAUCACUUAAGAAGCCAGAAGACACCGUGAAAGAGAUCAUAGGGCAAGGGCAGCAUCAAAAUCAACACUUGGACUCGGAGCAACAACAAUUAAGGGUGAACAGCAGUAAUUACGAUGAUAAAAAGAUGGAGGAAGGUGACAGUGGUAUUAUUGAAGAUCAGGAGGAAAAUGAAUUGGAAGAGGAUGAUGAAGAAAACGACGAGGAUGAAGAAUCGGAAGAGGAGAGGAAAAUUGCCUAUAAGAUUGAAUUCCAGCGGCCGAACGCAUCAGCGCCCCCGAACAGCGGAGGAAACGGGGCGCCGUCGUUUCUAGCCAUGGUUCAGUAGACCUCCACGGCCGCAGCGGCGGUUAGUGGCGGUGGCCAUGGCGGUGGUGGUGGCGGUGGCGGAAUCCACCGCCAUGCAAGAUUGUACCAUAUACACACAUGUAUCUGCUCAAAAAGCUCUUUUAAACAUACCUUUUGAAAUUAUUCUUAAGCUCAAAGCCUAAUAAAUUUAACAUCAUUGUUCCUUCUUUA